AACACCUUUACUGUGGAAGUUUGAAACUAGACUGAAUCUGUUGAUGGUGGUUACCAACAGUAGAACUGAACGACCGACCUAACAGGAACCUGGUUACGGAUUCGAGCCGGUUCCCUUGGUGGGUGGAAAACGGAAGUUUUAUUGAUCCAACGAUUCUUUUAGUUUCCAUCGCCAGCUCUAAUUUCAGUCAUCAAUCAGCAGCAUGGUGGAUACAACGGAGGACAUUUUUGCCGGUGACUCCCCCGAGGAUGUCGAAACGGUGAAGAAUAUGAUCGAAAAGAUUAAGCUGGAAAUCAUGGCUUACGGCGAGGAGGAACACGAUUCUUACGAUCCGGAAAGCCUGCAGAAGGUAGAAUUCAACAUUCAGAUCAACAGGGUCACGCUAAUCCUACAAGAGAUGUCCGAAAUGCUGGAGGUUUUGUUCUGCCUGCCGGUGAUUUGCCGGGAUCAGCCACUGUUGGAUAAAUUUUUCGGGGCCGGCGAUCAGGAUAUAUUGAAGCUGCUUUGCAAGUACAUUCGGACCAAGGAAGACCCAAGCUCAGCUCCGGAAGUUGCUAAUCUUGCAGAUUUUCAGUACCAUUCCAAUAAACUGAUUGAAGUUGUUGAAAUGGUGUCUAACAAAGAUUUGCAUAAAGCAAUUGUAAGUCAAGUUAAAAACCUUCCCGGAAUCUACCGAAAGUUUCUGUCCAACAUCCGCGAAUUUCGGAAGUUCACGAUUACUAAAAUGAAAAUGACUGCCCAGAAGGAUCUGGCGAAGGAGAAGAUCCUUCAUCGGAUGUGGCAAACCAACGAGCGAAACAUGAAGGAAAUCGACAAAAUCGAACAAAUACUUCGGGACAAGCAAGCGUCCUUCCAGGCGGAGGUCGAAGAGAAGAAAGCCAUCAUCGAAAAAUUUCACACCGAAAUCAAACAGCUCGACGAGCAGAGCAAGGCGGAAAUCAAUGCUUAUAUUGAGGAAUCUGACCGGAAGAUGUUCCGCUAUUUCGAGCGAAGCGAUCAAAGAUACGAAACGCUUCAGGAGGACACGAAUCGACGGGUUAAAGAGUACCAGGCGAUGUUGGCGGAAGAUCUGCGAGUGGAGAAAGAGAACCGACUGCAAAAGGCGAAACUGACGCAGCAGCUGAAGCUACUGCUCAACAAGUACGACAAAGAUGCCGGGGAGCGAACGCAUGAGCUGAAUGCGCUGGCCGAUACGCUGAGAGCGAGACAAGAGGAGCUGGACGAAUGGAAGAGGACAGUUUUCGAUCCUCAAGAAAAGAGAUAUUUUGAGGCCAUCGAGGAGAGACGCUUGGAUGAAAUCCGAGCCCACCAGGAACAGGUUCGGGCGUUCAUGAUGAAUCGGGCAGCUAAAGUUCUGCAACGGGCUUGGCGUUCGGUGGCUGAGCGAAAGCGAAAGCAACGGGGGCGGCGUGGAGGACGUCGUGGCAAGGGCAAGAAGUAAUGGCUCUGGCCACUGAAUUAAUGGAUAACAUUUGAAAGUAUAUACAUUAUUGUGAGGUACAGUGAGGAUCUUUUGAAUUACAAUAAUAAUGAGAUUUUGUGAGUUUUGCAAAUUAAGGUCAUAGGGGAUAAAUAAACCUCAAAGAUUCAAAAUCCUUC